UUUGGUGUUCUGUGUGUAUGAUGCAGUGCUAACUGUGCUUAUUGCUUAUAUUAUUUGUAAAGAAAAAAUGAAAAAAAGUACAAAACAUAAUCCAAAAUGUUUUAUCUAGUUGGUUUAGGACUUGGGGAUGCUAAAGAUAUAACCGUAAGAGGAUUAGAAAUCGUUAAGAAAUGUAAUAAAGUUUUACUUGAAGCAUACACAUCAAUUUUAACUGUAGGUCAAGAAGUACUGGAAGCGUUUUAUGGGCGACCGGUAAUUAUUGCCGACCGUGAAUUAUGCGAAAGUAAUAUCGAUGAUAUCCUGAAGGAAGCAAUUCAUACUGAUGUAGCAUUACUUGUUGUUGGAGAUCCCUUGGGAGCUACUACUCACACGGAUAUGUUACUGAGAGCAAAGCAGUUGGGAGUUGAAACAGAGGUAGUUCACAAUGCAUCAAUAAUUAAUGCUGUCAGUUGCUGUGGAUUGCAAUUGUAUAAUUUUGGAGAGACUGUUUCAAUUCCAUACUGGACUGAGACAUGGAAACCAAGCAGUUUUUUUGAUAAGAUUGUUGGUAAUUUUUCAAGAAACUUACACACCCUCUGUCUCUUAGAUAUUAAAGUGAAAGAACCUACAGAAGAAUCCUUAACAAAGAAGAUCCGACAAUACAUGAAUCCAAAGUUCAUGACAGUGAGUGAAGCUUCGUCCCAGCUGCUGCAAAUUAUUGAAGCACGACAAAAUUCAAAUAUAACUAAAUCGACACUAGUUGUGGGCCUGUCGCGAAUUGGUUCACCUGAUCAAAAAAUAGUUGCCAGGAGUCUUGGUGAAAUGCAGAAUUAUGACUUAGGUCCCCCGUUACAGAGUUUAGUAAUACCAGCACCUGUAUUACAUCCACUCGAGCUUGAUUAUAUAAGACAUUAUAGUGUUUCAUAAUGUAAUAAUGUAAAAAGAAAUUCACUAUAUAAGAUGACUUUAUUAGGUGUAUUAAAUAAAUAUUUUAUAAAGCUUG